AUGCGUUGUCGUCGAAUUAUUUUAACAAUAUUUGUAUACUGUUUGUGCACUAUUAAAGCGGAAGAGUCUGCUGUUGAUGUCCUAACAGAUAUUUAUAAAACAUGUGUCAGUAACUUUGCAAUUGAUUGUGCUAAACCAAAAGCAAUGCAAUGGCUUAGUGACAGUGCUACAAAGGACACGAUUAAGCUAACGGAAAAUCUUAGUAUUAUAAGAAUAUCAAAAGACAAAAACUCGGAGCAACGUGGUGCAGUAAAUUUCUUUGAGAAAGUAGAUGAUUUCCUUGCUGAUCAUGCAUUAAGAAUCGCACCUACAAAGGUUUUGCAAGAUGAAACUAUCCGAUCAUUCAUACCAAAAAGUUUAUUAAGAGGUGGAUUAGCUAAUGGUUUAAUAGUGCCACUUUCAGAAGGAAAAUCGAUAGAAGGAAGAGGCUUUGUUAAAAAAGUAAUGAUUCCAUUCCUUUUGGGACUGAAAUUCAAAUCAACUGUUUUGGUACCACUCUCACUUGCAUUAAUUGCUUUAAAAUCAUGGAAAGCCAUGACUUUAGGCUUGUUAUCAUUAGUUUUAGCUGGCGCAAUGGUCAUAUUUAAGUUUGCCAAACCAAAAAUUGUUAAUUAUGAAAUUGUUCAUUUUCCUCAUCAUCCACAUGUUCCACAUGUUGAUCACCAUCCCAUUAUUCACGACGGUCCACAUUGGGCGAGAAAAUUAGAAUCUGAAGAGCUUGCAUACAAAGGAUAUUACAAUUAA